UUCCUGAGAUUUGAUUUAAGCAUAUUAUAUAUAAAAGAUGUUGAAUAAUAAUCAAGCACACUUGAUAAAUAUUCCUGGGAAUGUGAAUUCUAUGAAAAUAUUUAGUUGAGAAGGAAAAUUCCCUUUGUUUAAUGUCACCAAUGUGUGUUUUUUUUCAAUCUUCUAUCGGGAAUCCUGCUCUGUAUGUGUCAGUGUAAGGGUAAACAUGGUUAUUGCAGUUAUAUUUAUUCUUAUUAUAUGCUAAAGUCCAAUAAUUCUCAAGGUGUGCAGAAAGAAAAAUUCAACUUUUAUUGGUUUAACUGCGUUUAUACUUCAAUGUAUGAAUGCGAGAUAGGUGCGUGAACUAUGAAGGCUAUAACAAGGGCUAGGGUGCCUCGAUGCAUGCUCUUUUCUUCUACCUCUCAUUCUCAGCACUUUCAAUUUCGGAACGAUAUACGGAAUAAUCUGAAGCCCAAAGAUCCUAUCAGUGAGAAUAACAAGUUUGAAGAAACCAUUGAUGUUUUAUGCCAGCAAAAGCGCGUCAAGGAAGCUAUUGAGUUGCUCCAUCGCAUUGAUCAUCGGCCCUCUGCGCGUGUGUAUUCCACCCUCAUUGCCGCUUGUGUUCGCCACCGUGCUCUUGAAUUGGGUAGGAGGGUCCAUGCCCACACCAAAGCGUCUAACUUUGUUCUGGGGGUUUUCAUUUCUAACCGUUUGCUCGACAUGUAUGCCAAAUGUGGAAGCCUUGUCGAUGCCCAGAUGCUGUUUGAUGAAAUGGGUCAUAGGGAUUUGUGUUCUUGGAAUACCAUGAUAGCUGGAUAUGCCAAACUUGGCCGACUCGAACAGGCAAGGAAACUGUUUGAUCAAAUGCCCCAAAGAGAUAACUUUUCUUGGAACGCUGCAAUAUCAGGUUAUGUUAGCCAUGAUCGGCCGUGGGAAGCUCUGGAGUUGUUUAGAGGAAUGCAGAGGUGUGAGAGAUCGAAUUCAAAUAAGUUUACCUUGUCCAGCGCCUUGGCCGCUUCUGCUGCCAUUCCUUGCUUGCGUCUUGGGAAGGAAAUUCAUGGUUUCUUAAUAAGAACCGAGUUGAACUUGGAUGAAGUGGUUUGGAGUGCUCUGUUGGAUUUGUAUGGCAAAUGUGGGAGUUUAGAUGAAGCUAGGGGUAUUUUUGACCAGAUGAAGAGCAAAGAUGUUGUUUCGUGGACUACCAUGAUUCAUAGAUGCUUUGAAGACGGAAGAAAAGAAGAGGGGCUUUCAUUAUUUAGAGACUUGACGAGGUCAGGUGUUAGACCGAAUGAGUAUACGUUUGCUGGAGUUUUAAAUGAAUGUGCCGACCAUGCUGCCGAACACCUGGGAAAGGAGGUUCAUGGGUACAUGAUGCGUGUUGGGUAUGACCCGUGUUCAUUUGCAGUGAGUGCCCUUGUUCAUAUGUACUCAAAGUGUGGGAACACUAGAGUUGCAAGAAGGGUGUUCAAUCAGAUGCUUCAGCCAGAUUUGGUAUCAUGGACUUCUCUAAUUGUUGGGUAUGCUCAGAAUGGUGAACCAGAUGAAGCUCUUCAUUUCUUUGAAUUACUACUCCAAUCAGGCACCAAGCCUGAUCAAAUAACCUUCGUUGGGGUUCUUUCAGCGUGUACUCAUGCUGGAUUAGUAGAUAAAGGGUUAGAAUAUUUCCAUUCAAUAAGGGAAAAACAUGGGUUGGUGCAUACUGCAGAUCAUUAUGCAUGUGUUAUUGAUUUAUUGGCACGAUCUGGACGAUUCAAAGAGGCAGAGAAUAUCAUUGAUAACAUGCCCAUAAAGCCUGAUAAAUUCCUUUGGGCAUCCUUACUUGGAGGAUGUAGAAUACAUGGGAACCUCGAACUGGCUAAAAGAGCAGCAAAAGCAUUAUAUGAGAUAGAGCCAGAGAAUCCGGCUACGUAUAUCACUCUGGCUAAUAUUUAUGCUAAUGCUGGUCUAUGGACGGAGGUAGCCAAAGUUAGAAAGGAUAUGGACAAUAGGGGGAUAGUGAAGAAACCAGGUAAGAGCUGGAUUGAAAUUAAAAGAAAAGUGCAUGUGUUCUUAGUAGGAGAUACAUCUCACCCAAAAACAAGUCACAUACAUGAAUUUCUAGUAGAACUCUCAAAGAAAAUGAAGGAAGAAGGCUACGUUCCUGACACAAACUUUGUGCUACACGAUGUGGAGGAGGAGCAGAAAGAGCAAAAUCUAGUUUACCACAGUGAGAAACUUGCAGUUGCCUUUGGAAUACUUUCAACUCCCCCAGGAACUCCAAUCAAGGUCUUCAAAAAUUUAAGAACUUGUGUAGACUGUCACACUGGCAUCAAAUACAUAUCAAAGAUCGUUCAGAGAAGAAUAAUUGUGAGAGAUUCUAAUAGGUUUCAUUGUUUUGAAAACGGAAGCUGCUCGUGUAAAGACUAUUGGUAGUAUUCCAUGUCAAUAGACAUACCAAGCAUGGAGUGAAUUGCUGUCUUGAAUCCAUGGUUCUGAAUACGCAGCCUCUGAAUUAGUUGCAUUGGUCAAAUUCUUUUUCCUCCUUUCCCUAUCAUUUAAUUGGUGCAGCUUCCAACCGAAGCUGUUGGUUACCCACUGCACUCAGAUACCAAAUGUUCAACAAAGAUCGAAACAACAUUAUGAUAAAUGGGAUCUUUACAGAUAUAAUAUUUAUCAAUGUUAUGACGUAUUAACACUAAUAGUGGGGGGCAUAUGUUCAAAAUUGCAGUAUUGACUACUGUCAUGGUUUGUUGACUUUAUUUGUUGGUUCAGAGUUACAGAGAAAGUGGUGACUUAGCAAGGUGUCAAAUGCGUGGCAAAUUUUCAGACAAUUGUGCAUUUUUCGUCAAUGUUUUUCAAUUUUGUAUGCUAAUUGAUGCAGUUGGUGAGCGUUAUGUUGGAAUGUCACAUGUGUGGUUUGCCCUUUCCAUUAGCUGGGAACAGUGAAUCAAGCUGUAUGACUCAUUUUUACCUCUACUUAACAUUAUACUUCAUAUUGCACCUGCAAUCUUAGAACUUGCUUUUUCUUUAUCCUAACAAUUCACAGCUUCAAUAGAGGUAAUUGGCACCUGGCGAUGUUUGAAGUGAGGGUUUCAGUCCAGAGUUGGAUAUUCAAUGUUUAAGAUCAUGGAUAGUUACAUUAUAUAGAAUUGGUUUGACUUUAACUUAACUGCAGCUAGAUUCGUGGAUUUUGAUAUCGGACAUAACAAUAGAGAGAGCUUGAAAGGAUUUUCGGUGGGGAAGAUCAUCUAUAGACUGACCAGAGCCGAAAGACGUUUAUAUACUCAUCAGCCUCUGAUUAUUUUUCGGUGGGGAACAUCUCAUCCGAGCAUGACUGUUUUUGUUUAUUUUGAAAAGACUAUGUUUACUGAAAUAAAGCUUUUUUCUUGUUCCAAAUACAAAUGUUUUUGAAGGUGAA